ACUUCCAGCCUCCACCUUUCCUCACGGCUGCCCUCUCUCAAGAAGCUGGAAGCGAAAGUAAACUUAUGAGGACGGCCAAACUGGACACAAGAAGGACAUUUUAUUUAUCUUUUAUUUCUCUUCACACCAGGCCACUGUGAGGAGGAAGAAGAGGAAAAGCUGAGUCCUGUGAGGAAGAAGAAGCAGAAGAGAGGAAAGUGCGUCCUUCAGGAUAAAAAGAAAUGAUUCAGAUGUUGAAGUUGGUUCUUCUCAGCUGUCUGUAUCUAACGGUUCGGUCCACAACAGGCGAUGUCCUGCCACCACAAAGUUUGUCCCUGGUGUGGAAGAAUGACUUCAAGCAACAGUUCUCCUGGGAACCCCCUCAGCAUUCCAUGAUAAACUGUAGAUAUGAAGGAUUCAUUAAAACACUGGGAGAAGACAGUGAAUCUUACAGUGAAAUCGACAACACAACAACAAAAACCACUUAUGAGGAGAUAAUGGAGGGAGGAUUUCUGCAUUACUCCAUGAAAACUAUCUGUAAUGAAAGUGAAACCAGUGAACCGGUGGUCUUUGAAGUCACAUACCCAGAGCUGGUGAAGAAUUUGACGUGCUUCAUCUAUGAAACCAAUAAGGUUAACUGUUCCUGGUUACCAGCCAGUAAUGCUACAGAUCUUCAGUUUUUCUAUAGAUUAGAGGAACAAUUAAGCGACGAGGCACCAACAGAAUUACAAAAAUGUUCAUCGAAUGAGCCCACUGGUGGCAGGAAGACGAGUUGUGUUCUGGAGGCGAAGACCAGCCACAUCAUCUAUAUUGUGUUUAAUGCAACACUCAACAACACACUGGUUAGGAACACCUUCAUGCGGGAGCCUUUAUUUAACGUGAAGCCAAGUCACUUUGAUUGGAAUGUCAAAGMAAGUGGAGAUACAUUCAGUAUCACAUGGAUUCCACCAGAAAUGCUUGCACUACGAGCAUGGAACUUUGAAAUAAAUUACACUGAAUGUAAUAAGAGCAAGAAACGCACAUUGAUGGGAACUUCUCAAUAUUCGCUGACCCGGGCCCCCCACUGCAGGUACUGCAUAAGUGUCCGAGCCACGAGCAAAAGUGGAAGCACACCACAAAGUUCCGCAAAGUGUUUUGAGCCUAUUGAUGAGAUCUUUAAUCCAUUGCUAUUUGCAGCAGUCUUUACCCCACUGGUGAUUGCUUUCCUGUUUGCUGUGACUUGUUAUUGCUGGAUAAAUAAAAGCCACAUUUUCCCCAAAAUACCCAAACCUCGGGAUCUCCUCAGUGAUAAUAUAAACAAUAAUGUGAGCUCUCUUCACAAGUUGUACAUCCCAGCAGAGGCAGAGGAAGAGGAGAACUGUUGUGUCACCAUGAUUAUAGAUACGCAAUCCAACAAACCAAACUGUUGACUCAUCUACUGUCAAGUCACACUUCCCAUAAAGAAAAAAAAACAACUUCUGCUUUCUUACACUUUGCUAAUCAGUUUAUUCACUGUUGUUUAUUAAUGCAGAUCAGAUCACUCACACAAGUUUGCUUUUAUAUCCCCGUGGGGACCAUUCAUUGACUUCCAUUCAUUUUCCGGUCAAUCCUAUAGCCUAACCCUGACCCCACACCCUAAACCUAACCUAAACUCAAAUCACAGCUUAGUCCUAACCCUAACCUCUGACCCACCAGUUGUAUUUUUCACAAUGGGGACCGGCUUUUGUCCCCAUAAGGAAUAGUGGGUCCUCACCAGAUUAUGGGUACUGGGAAAAUGGUCAAAAAUCAUCCCCA